AUGAAAUACAAGAGUUCUGAUGAGGAAGUGGAGACGUUGGGCGAUAUUGGAUUUAAUGAUCGUGUUGUAAUGGAAAAGAGACAAAGAGUACAAUGGUUAGAUCUUCCUACAGGGUUGUGGACAAUGAUAGCAAGACAUUUAAUCAACCUAGACAAUACUACAUUCGAAAUUCGCCGAUUUCGUAGUGUUUGUAAGACAUGGCGCUCCGCUCACCCUCUUCCGCAACACAAGCCAUUUGCGAUUCCUCUCGGUACUGGAAAAUCUUGCCUCCUCCAAACGAAAAUAUAUCGUCUGGAACCAGUAUCACAUGAACCUCACAAUGAUCAAGACCCCUCAAUUUCUUCUUCAAAAGGGUGGAUUAUAAUGUCGAAAUCUGUGUUGCUUCCAUUCUUAAAUCCUUUUAGCGGAUAUCCUAUAUCUAACACCCCUCAUACUUCCUCAUCUGACACUUCGCCAAGGGUGUUGAAUAUCAUGAACUUCAAGGCUGUGGAAUUGAUUGAAGCAUUUAAUCUCUCUGGUAAUCCUAAUUCUAACAACGAUUGUAAAGUGGUCUUGUUCCCUAGUUUUCAUGUGGAGGAUCGAAUGAUGUGUGCUUUAUUUCAUGAUGAUGGAAAGUUGUACGUUCGUCAGACUAGAGAUAAGAAGUGGACCAUGAUGAAUUUGAAUUAUUAUGAUGGUUUUCAUAGUUAUCAUGAUAUAAUCAUUCAUAAAAGGCAAAUUUAUGUUAUAGAUAAUUUGGGAACCAUUUUUUGGAUCAAUCCUUCAUCCUUGAAGUUGGUACAGUUUACACAACCAUUGUGGAUGUGGCAUAAUGGCAAAAAGAAGAAAAUGGUGGAGUGUGGUGGAAUUCUCUAUGUGGUUGAUAUGAUCAUAAGAGGGUUUUCUUUGCACGAGGAAGUUGACAUUAAAGUUUACAAGGUCAAUGAGGAAUCGGGUAGAUGGGAAGUUGUGAAAAACUUGGGUGAUGUUGUGUUUGUUUUGGGUAAAGACUCUAAUUUCUCUUUGUCAGCUCAAGAUUACCAUGGCUUCGAAGGGAAUUGCAUCUACUUUCAUAUUUCUACUCAUGAAGGUAGAAUUUUUUGUUUCAGCUUAAAGGAUUCCAUGUUAAAGACUCCUAACCCUUUAUGGCCUUGCCCUAGUUUGUUUAACCAUUAG